CGGUUCGGGCAGUGUGCCGGUCUGGACCCCGCACAUUAUCGCAAGCGCCGAGCUGAUUUCGGUGAUUUUGCUUUAUACCCGCCUAACCCGCGCCGGCCGCACAAACAGCAAACAGACCGCAGCACUGCGCCUCUACAAGCAAAUAGCGUCGCGGCAUUGCGGUACGGCCGCCUAGCGCCGCCGGGCUGACGGCGUGGACCACGGCCUCCACGGCCUCCUCCACGGCCUCCUCCUCGCUCCACGGCGGCACCCGGAUCUGAUCGGCGGCGCGGAGCGCAGCAGCGCGGCACGGCCGACAACUGAACAGGUUCCUCGGCACGGCGGGCACGGCCAGCGCUCUUCUCUCCUCGUCGUCGCCCAGCGUCACCCCGGACUCGGACUUUUCCCGCUUGACGUGACACUUCGGCGAGGAUAUUUCGAUACCUCCCGCGGCAUUUCUUUUCUCUCCUUCCCUCCCGCCCGGCGCCCGCAGUUUUUCAUACAAGUUAUUGACGGGCCGCGCUGCCCCCUUGCCCCCUCCCCGAACCCCCGUCGGCUUAAUCUCAGUUCUAACAUGGCCGACUAAAGUUAAGCACGGUUAUGUUUAGCGACGCCGCCGCUGGCCGCAGCGAUCGCCUCGCGUAGUGGCUGUCCGCCGCCGGACGCCCGUAAGUCGCCGCUUUAAACCUAACCAAUGCCGGUAGAUAGUGCCGAACGAUAAACAGUGUCGUAAUAUUAAGAUAAACUCUCCGCGGAUUGUGCCGAAUGUGUAGGAAGGUGAGCGAUCCCCUUGUCAGAGCGGCCGGCCUAGUCUUCAUGACAACAUGUACCGCAAGCGGGAGCGCACCCAGAACUGGUCGCUGGAGGAGAAGAAGUAUCUGCUGGAGCUGGUCAAGUCGCGGCUCGACGUGCUGGAGAACAAGAGGAUCGACUCGGCGUCCAGCGCGAUGAAGGGCAUGGCCUGGCAGGACAUCCACGCCAGUUUCGCGGCGAGGUUUGGCAACGACCGCGACGCGCACCGCGUCCGCGAGCAGUGGCGCCGCAUGAAGGGCCAGGCGCGCACCGAGAUGCUGGAGUUCGCGGAGCGCGUGCGGAACUACGGCGCCGAGGUGGCGAACCAGCGGUGGCCGUCCGCCCUGGCCGAGGACGUGUGGAAGACCUUGGAGUCGGCGAGGGUCAUCAACGACUACCCGCACGGCUACGCCACCGGGGAUGACGUCGGCAGCCCCGUCAUCCUGGACGACGACGAGGACGAUGCCGACGACAUGGAGGGCGACGGCGCGCACGAGAGGCUGGCCGAGGACGACAUCAAGAUGGAGCCGGACGACCGCUACGACCACCACGACCACCAGAACCACCGCGACGCCGAGGCCGCCAACGAGAGCGCCGCCGAGCUCAUGAACAUUCUCCGGCCAAAGGUGGAGCUCAACGAUGUACCUGAACUAGACACUUCCAUGGUGCCCUCCGGGUUGUCCAUAACUGCUGUCAAAAUGGGAAGCGGCGGCCAGAAGCGGCGCCUGGUGGACCGGCAGGACCGGCAGGAGGUGCCCGUCAAGCACAGCCCCUGGGACUCCCCGGCGCCCACGCCCCCGACGCCCUCCGCCCAGCAGGUCAUCGCCUCGGCGCAGAGCAUGCGGGCCGCGACCCCCCAGCAGCACCACGGCUACCAAGGCCACCACGGCCACCAGGGGUACCAGGGCGCCGUCAACGCCAACUGCCUGCCGCACGCGGCGCACAGGCCGCCCACCCUGGAGCCCCGCAGACCGGAGCACCGCCGCAAGGCCGACAUGCUGGAGGUGGAGCACGAGGCCAAGAUGGAGCUGCUGCGCGUGGAGAAGGAAACGGCGGACGUCAGGCUGCGGAUCGCGCUCCGGGAGGAGGCCAACGCCGUCAGCGCGCUCACAUGCAGGUCGUGUGGCGCCGAGCGGGUUGGUGCGGCGUCGCCGCGUGCCACGCCCGCCGCUGUGAGCGCUGCCACGCGGCGCGCCGGCCUGCCCGGCCUGCCGCCAAAUGCCAAGAGCGAGGUGACAGACGUCGCCGACGUCGCCGACCCCGGCUAUCCUGACCUCGACAACGCCAACCUCGACGCCAGCGCGGCCAGCAGCGUGGCCAGCGCCGCGACGCAAGAACGCCUCAGCCCGCCGAGCCCCUUCGACGACGCGGACGCGAGCAGGGGCAGCGCCAGCGGGGGCAGCGCCGAGUCCGCCGAGCCGCUGGGGCACGUCAACGGGGUCAAGAGGGAGGACGACAACAACAACCAAGACCAGGUGCGAUUUGCUGGAGGGCUGGGUGAGCCUGGCAGUGGAGCUGGCAAGGGAGGCGGAAGCGGUGGCUCCAUCAGGGAGGCUGGUGGCUCCAUGGGAAAGCGAGAGGCAGCUUUUGAGGAGGAAUACUUCUACAAACAGCAAAAGGAGCAGCUGAAGAAGCUGAAGUCUGACCUCAACGAUGAGAUUGGCUUCCAUGAGGAGCAGAUUAAGCGCCACCAGGAGGCUAUUGCCCGCCACAAGCAACGAGUCAGUGAUCUCGACAAAGACAAAUAAGUUAUCUAUUUCCUGAUCCUGGAUAACACUGUGUUGUUAUUCUAGACUGUGUCCCCCAUCCUCUUUUCCACAUCUGCCUUAGACACACCAUUUAUGAUGCAUAGUAUUUUACAUGUAAAUUCCUUCUAUGUGUGUUCUAUUUGUU